UAUAUCCAUGGUAUCCCUCUCUGGGCACACGCCGGCAAGUUUGUUUGGAUUUGCCGAACCGAACGCAAUAUUUUGGUUUUGGAUCUCCGGAUCUGGAAUCCACGUCCUAGUCCUGAUCCUUCAAACCGCCAAGAUGCGCCUGUUCCCGCUGGCAUUUACUGUGCUUCUUGGCAUUUUCCACCUGCUACUGGCCUGCAAUCACUGGGUACUACGCGAGGAGCAGAUCGUUCCCAAACUGGAUUCACCCUUUCACAUGCGGGAACCACAGAAUUUGGCGGCAUUUCUCGAGCAGAUUAGAUACAGUGAAUAUGUGGAGAAAUCAUAUUUAGAUUUGUUACGAAAACGUGAACAGAUUGUAGAGCAUCUGAGAUUUUCGAUGCGUUUUGGUGAGGAUUUGGCUGAGCAGGCCAAGUGCGCCAUGGACUACUAUAUGCUGGAGAAGAGGAUGUCCUAUUUGAAAAUCACUCCAGAGCAGUUGAAAAGGAUUAAUUUGCCGGAUCAGAGGCAAUUGCAUAUACAGAAGAGUGCCUCCGCCAUGGGAAUGGAACCAGUAUGCAGUGAUUACCAUCGUUUAAGUGUGGGUCCAGCUACCUAUGAUCAUCUAGAGAGUUUUCGGCCCGAGGUUCUGGCCGCUGCCUUCCUGGAACGUGAACAUGACACCAAUGUGGGCAUGGCUACGGUGGAAUUAACUCGUCGUUUCGCCGUUGAUGGACUGCAGCAUCAUCCGGCCUCCUGGAAGUUUCACACUUUGAGCUCAUACUACUGGCGGAUGCGAGGAAAUGCCCGUGAAGCGUUGCCCUGCGCCAGAUUAGCCACUUUGCUAGCUCCGCCGAUAUUUAAGGAUAUACCGCUACUUAGUCUGGGAACCAUACUCUUCCGUAUGGGCAGAUUAGCUGAUGCUGACUUAAUACUUACCGCAGCGGUGGAGCAUGCACCACAUGUUGCCGAAAAUCAUGUGGUUUUGGCCUCGGCGCUGGCCAUGAAGCAUGAUUUCAAUAGAUCACUGCAACAUUUCGAUGAGGCCGAGCGAUUGGAUCCCAGCACAUUGCCACGAACCCAACAGGUUCGAAAUUUCAUAAGUUGUCUGGAGAAUCUGACCAAGAAAACUUCCAAAAUGUAUAGCUAUGUGAAAUACAUGAAGAACGAGGUGAAAGAGUUUAAAAAGCUAAAGCAUCACAUCUCACAGAAUCACGAGAGAUUGAUCCAACAGCAAUUGCCAUUGGGAGCGAGACGUCUGCUUGGUUUGGAUCCUCAAACGAACAACGAUGAUCUCCAUCGAAGGGGUCAAUAUUGCAGUACACGGACACCAAAUGGUUCCGAUGAACCAGUCCUCUUUUGUGACUUCUAUUCGGACAUGCAAAUGCGUUUGGAGAGCAAGGAUGUUGAUAUUGAUGUGCUGGAGCGGGAUCUCAAGGCCAAUACGGAUGCUGUUAUACGUCAGGUGUCCACCGAGAUUCGGAAACAGUUCAAUCUAGAGCAGUUAAAGGCGGCCAAGGCACAAAUGCCCGCUAAGGCCACCAAGGCUACAUAGUAAAUAGUAUAAAUAGCAAACCAGAUGGACUGGCACAUUCCCCACAAAACUACCAAACACUUCGGGUCACAAACUAGCUUUUACUUUUAAUCUGUUCAUAUAGUAUUUAGGUAUGUGUGCGAGAAUCGUGAGUGUAUAUAUAUAUAUAUUAUAUAUAUUAAUCAAGAUACUGGAUAAGUCUUCAGGUAUAGUUUAAACGGACUAGGCAUAUAAGCAAGGGAUCUUCGAGCGGAGGUUUCACGAAUCUAUAGUUUGAAAUAGAUUACUAACUUUUUACGCAUUUUAUUCCAAUAAGUUUUAAAAAUAAUAUAUUUUUCACUUUCUUUGGCUGAUCACAAUUACAUUUCUUAGAUUUUUAAACUGUUUGUUUACGUAAGAUUAUGUUUUUAAUUAAGAAAUAUUUUAAACAAAACAAACCUGCUCUUUCGGCCAUAUAAAAUUUGAUUUAAGUUACAUUAAGUAAAACAUUUUGACACAUUCGAUAAGAGUUAAGUUAAAGUCUUUGAAUUCCUUUGAUUUUUAUUAUAAUGAAACCCAUUAAGGGUUCCGAUAGGUUAGUUUUUAUACAACUUUGUUUUGCAUUCGUCUAGACUCUAGAACCUCCCUCGAAUGUCCCAAAAAGUACAUAGAAUCGCGACUAUAUAUUUAACACUAGUUUUACAUCCUGUUCUGUUUCUUAAUCGUAAAGAAAUCUAUAAAAAUAACAACAGCCAUGAGCUAAUCAAA